AUGGCGCAUAAACGUCCGAUUUCAUCGAUUAAACUAAUGCCAACUAAUACUGAAUUAUUGACUAAAACUAAUGAAAAUAUUCAUCAACGAUUUACAAAUAUGAAAACAAUUGAUAUAACAUCUCGUCUUGGUCAAUUUGCGUGGCGACAAAUAGCACCAUCAACAAUUUCAUUGCCUGUUAUAUUUAGACAUAGUCAUCGAGAAGAAUAUUUAUGUGUACAAAUGAUUAAUAUUCAUUUAUUAUCAAAUUUUUCAUCGGAAAUAAUAUCUUAUUGUAUGAAUCAAUUACCAAUUCAUUAUUUUUCAUUAACAGAAUAUGAAGCGAAACUUUUUCAAUAUAUUAAUAAAUUUCAUUCAAAUAGUUUUUUAUCGAAAAAUAAUCAAUUAAAUUAUUCAAGAUUAGAUUUAGUAUAUAUAACACCAUUUAUACCUUUUGUUCAAUUUUAUCAAUUUAUUUCAUUACAUUCUCAAACAAUUAAAGAUAAUGAAAUUUGGAUUUCAUCAAAAUAUAAUAAACAAACUAUAGAAAGAGGAAAACAAUCUAUGGACGAUAAACAUCUACCAGAAAAAGACAUUGGAUCAUCUUCUAAUGGAUAUAAAUCAAAUAAUUCAUAUUGUCGAUUGAUAGUCUUUCAUGGAAAAGAAAUAAAAUCAUAUAGCACAACAUCAUCAAUAAACUCUAAUGAAACAAUUCUAUGUCUUUCAAUUAAAGAUAUUGUUUUAACAUAUUUUCCUUGGAUGCCAUUUGAAAAAUUUGUUGAUUUAUGUCGAAUUAAACAUAUACUACGAUAUAAACCAGAUAAAUCUACUCAUUCAGAUUUAUCCUUGAGAUUAAUUAAUCUUCAUCAACUAGAACAACAUUGGGAAUUUUUCAAUCAACAGUUUAUACCAAAGACACAGCCAAUAUCUCCUCAACAGUCUAUAGUUGAUCAAAAGAAUAAUAAUGAGAAAUGCUCCAUAGAAGAUUCACUACUGUCAACAAAUAAUUCACAUGAUAAUGAGUCAAAAUCGACUUCAAAUAUAAUUGAACAAUCGUUCGAAAAAUUUUCAGAAAAUAUUCAAUCAUAUCCACAAGAACAUGGAUCUUCUUCUCCUUCACAAGAUAAAAAUUCAUCAUGCCAAAAUGAUGUAAUAGAAUCAGUAGACAAUGAACAAACUCUACUUCAAAAUAAUUCUGUGAUGGAUCAACAAAAAGAAAUCAUACAAGAACAAGAACAAGAACAACAACCACAACAUGAGGAUUUCCCUGAAGAGACUGAUGUUAAUAAAGAGCAAAAUGAAGUAAUAAUAGAUUCAUCGGAAAACAUCCAAGAACAAACAAUACCAACAACGAUAGAAAAUAAAGAUUUAAAAAGAAAACGACGGCGAUCUCAAAGAUCAUUUUUAACAAUGAAAAGACGAAAACAAAAAUCAUCAAAAUCAAUGUCGAAUGAAAAGUUUCAAUGGUGGAUACAAAAAUAUUCAAUUGAACCAAUAUCUAUUGUUCUUGAUAGAACAUAUAUAACAAGUGAUUAA